AUGGCGCUGGCCCGGCCGGGGACCCCGGACCCCAGGCCCUCGGCCCCGCUCCUGCUCCUGCUGCUGCUGCUGCACAGGGCCCCCGUCCCCGCCCUGCCGGCUGGGACGGUGCCUUCAGAGACCCUGGGUGCCUGCGCCUCAGACCCAUGCGCUCCAGGGACCGAGUGCCAGGCUACAGAGAAUGCCAGCUACACCUGCGUGCCCCCAGAGCCCCAGGGCUGUGCCAGUCAGCCAUGCCACCACGGCGCCCUGUGUGUGCCCCAGGGCCCAGGGCCCGAUGACUUCCGUUGCUACUGUGUGCCCGGAUUCCAGGGUCAACACUGUGAGCUGGACAUCGACGAGUGCGCGUCCCGGCCCUGCCGCCACGGGGCCACUUGCCACAACCUGGCUGAUCGCUACGAGUGCCACUGCCCCCUCGGCUAUGAAGGCGUGACCUGUGAGACGGAGGUGGACGAAUGCGCCUCGGCGCCCUGCCUGAACGGGGGCUCGUGCCUGGACGGCGUGGGCUCCUACCGCUGCGUGUGCGCGCCGGGCUAUGGGGGCGCCAGCUGCCAGCUGGACCUGGACGAGUGCCAGAGCCAGCCGUGCGCACACGGGGGCGUGUGCCGUGACCUGGUCAACGGGUUUCGGUGCGACUGCGCGGACACGGGCUACGAGGGCGAGCGCUGCGAGCUGGAGGUGCUGGAGUGCGCGUCGGCGCCCUGCGCGAACAACGCGUCCUGCCUCGAGGGCCUCGCAAGCUUCCGCUGCCUCUGCUGGCCAGGCUACAGUGGCGAGAGGUGCGAGGUGGAUGAGGACGAGUGUGCGGUGGGCCCCUGCCAGCACGGGGGCCAGUGCCUGCAGCGCUCGGACCCGACCCUCUACGGGGGUGUCCAGGCCACUUUCCCGGGUGCCUUCAGCUUUCGCCAGGCCGCUGGCUUCGUGUGCCGCUGCCCUCCGGGCUUUGAGGGGGACGACUGCGGCGUGGACGUGGACGAGUGCGCCUCAAGGCCGUGUCUCAGUGGAGGCCUCUGCCAGGACCUGCCCAGUGGCUUCCAGUGCCACUGUCCAGACGGCUACACAGGCCCGACAUGUGAGGAAGACAUGGACGAAUGCCUGUCGGAGCCCUGCCUCCACGGUGGGACCUGUGAAGACACCGUGGCAGGCUACAUCUGUGGGUGCCCCCAGGCCUGGGGUGGACCAGACUGUUCUGUGCCACUCACUGGCUGUCAGGGCCACACUUGCCCACCGACUGCCACCUGCAUCCCUACCUUCGAGUCAGGGGUUCACAGUUACACCUGCCGCUGCCCACCUGGUGCCCACGGACCUUUCUGCGGUCAGAACACUACCUUCUCCGUGGUGGCUGGGAACCCUGUACGGGCUUCGGUGCCAGCCGGCAGCGCCCUAGGUCUGGCCCUGAGGUUUCGCACCACGAUACGUGUGGGUGCCUUGGCCACGUGCUCUGACACUCAAGGCAGCGUGGAGCUGGCGCUGGUGGAGGCCAGGCUUCAGGCCACGCUCUGGAGCCACGGCAAGAAUGUGCUCGUCCUGAGGUUGCUGGAACCACCCCUCAAUGAUGGCCACUGGCACCGAGCGGAGGUGACGCUCCGUCUGGGUGUCCUGGAGUUGCGGCUCUGGCAUGAAGGCUGUCCCGCCCGCCUCUGUGUGGCCUCCAGUCCCGUGGCGAUGCCUCCCACAGCUGCCCCGGCCCCCACGCCUGCUGGGUCCCGCUUCACCCAGCUGGGCGGCGUGGCCUUUGCGGGCUGCCUCCAGGAUGUGCAGGUGGACGGGCAUCUCCUGCUGCCCGAGGCCCUUGGCGAGAGCGUCCUCCUGGGCUGCCAGCACCAGGAACACUGCCAGCCUCCGCCUUGUGCCCAUGGAGGGGUCUGCGUGGACCUGUGGACUCACUUCCAUUGUGACUGCCCCCGGCCCUACAGUGGUCCCACGUGUGCCGAUGAGGUUCCUGCUGCCACCUUUGGCUUGGGGGGCACCCUGAGCUCUGCCUCCUUCCUACUCGACCAGCCGCCAGGCCCCAACCUCACCGUGUCCUUCCUCCUCCGCACCCGGGAACCUGCUGGCCUUCUGCUCCAGCUCACCAAUGAUUCAGCUGCUGGCCUGACAGUGUUCCUGAGCGAGGGCCAGAUCCGGGCGGAGGUGCUGGGCAGUCCUGCCCUGGUGCUCCCGGGGCGCUGGGAUGAUGGGCUCCGCCACCUGGUGACACUGAGCUUCGGGCCUGAUCAGCUGCAGGGUGUGGGGCGGCAGGUGCACGUGGGCGGCAGGCUCCUCCCUGCUGACACCGAGCCCUGGGGUGGGCCCUUCCGAGGCUGCAUGCAGGACGUGCGACUCAACGACCUCCACCUCCCCUUCUUUCUGUCACUGCUGGGGAACUCCAGCCUGCCCAGCGUGUCCAGCCGUGGGCAGUCCUGGAACCUCACCACGGGCUGUGUCUCUGAGGACACAUGCAAUCCUGAGCCCUGUCUCAAUGGUGGGACUUGCCUCGUCACCUGGAAUGACUUCCACUGCACCUGCCCUGCCAACUUCACCGGGCCCACGUGUGCCCAGCAGCUGUGGUGUCCUGGCCAGCCCUGUCUCCCGCCUGCCACCUGUGAGGAGGUCCCUGAUGGCUUUGUCUGUGUGGCUGAGGCCACGUUCCGCGAGGGACCCCCGGCGGAGUUCAGCGGGCACAACGCGUCAUCGGGGCGCGCGCUCAGCGGCCUCUCUCUGGUCUUCCGCACGCGCGACUCCGAGGCCGGGCUGUUGCGCGCUAAGGAUGGCCCAGGUGCCCUGUGGCUCGCGGUGCGCAACGGCUCGCUGGCGGCCGGCGUGCGCAGCGGCCGCGGUUUGCCCAGCGCGGUGCUGCCAGCGCCCGGGCCGCGCGUGGCCGACGGCGCCUGGCACCGCGUGCGCCUGGCCAUGGAGCAGCCUGCGGCCGCCGCGUCGCGCUGGCUGCUCUGGCUGGACGGCGCGGCGACGCCGGUGUCGCUGCGCGGCCUGGCCGGCGACCUUGACUUUUUGCGCGGCCCUGGAGCCGCGCGCGUUCUGUUGGCCGAGAAUUUCACAGGCUGCCUGGGCCGCGUGGCGCUCGGCGGCCACCCGUUACCCCUGGCGCGCCCGCGGCCCGGCGCGGCCCCUGGCUCCCGCGAGCCCUUCUCGGCCUGGCCCGGAGCGCCCGCACCGCACCUCGGCUGCCGCGGCGCUCCCGUGUGUGUCCCCUCGCCCUGCCUGCACGGCGGCGCCUGCCGCGACCUCUUCGACGCCUUCGCCUGCGCCUGCGGCCCGGGCUGGGAGGGCUCCCGCUGCGAGGACCGCGCCGACCCGUGUCGCUCGGCGCCCUGCGCCCGCGGCCGCUGCCACGCGCACCCAGACGGUCGCUUCGAGUGCCGCUGCCCGCCUGGCUUCGCAGGCCCGCGCUGCAGGUUGCCUGUCCCACCAGAGGGCUGCAUCCUGAACAUCACCUGCCUCAAUGGUGGUCGGUGUGAGGAGGGACCCCAGGGCGCCAACUGCAGCUGCCAGGAGAGCUUUGCUGGGCAGAGGUGUCAGGUCCCCUGUGAAGCCAACCCUUGCUUGAAUGGGGGCACCUGCCGGGCAGCCGACGGGGUGUACGAAUGUAUCUGCAGUGCCAGGUUCUCAGGCCAGUUCUGUGAAGUGGUGAAGGGCCUACCACUGCCGCUGCCGUUCCCGCUGCUGGAGGUGGCAGUGCCCGCGGCCUGCGCCUGCCUCCUCCUCCUCCUCUUGGGCCUCCUCUCAGGGAUCCUGGCGGCCAGAAAGCGCCGGCAGUCGGAGGGCACCUACAGCCCGAGCCAGCAGGAGGUGGCCGGAGCCCGGCUGGAGAUGGACAGCGUCCUCAAGGUGCCGCCCGAGGAGAGACUCAUCUAGGCCCUCCUGGCUGCAGCUCCAGCCCGUGAGGGCCUCGAUUUCUACCUGGAGACCCAAGGAGGCCACUUCUGGGAGCCUGCAGGGAAAUGGCUGGCCACUUCUUAGCCUUAGGGAGCUGCUGCAGGGCUCAGGAUACCUGCU